UGUCUCCUCAUUAGUCCAACCUGUGCAGCCAGCAAUCUUUUAAGUCGUCAGCACAGAGCAGAACUUGACUUUCUCUGUAUGCAGAGCCUUCCUCUUCAGUUCCGAUGGCGUGUAGCGAGCCAGGGGGCUGUAAGAUUUUACUCUAUUUUGGAUUUUUUAUGCUUGCUGCUGGUACAUUUUGCCAUUGUUCCCAACUGGCAAGGCUGAAGACGUUGAUUCAAGCAAGACACAAGCCCCCACUGAUUGCCGACAAAAGUGAUUUUUCUUACAGUGGAUGGCUGUUAGUCCCUCAGCAAAUUGCUCAGUUGAACAAAGACACAAGUCACAUCCUAGAUGAUGAUUCAGAUUACCAAGCAGAUGCAGGAGGAAGUAUUUAUUGGCAACCCAGUCUACAGGAGGAUUUUUCCAAAGACGACAAAGUAUUGACUGAUCAGCUCAUUAAAAUGGAUCCCAAGGUGGAAUGUAGGGCCAACUCUAUGAAACUUCAGGUCCAAGAUUUUGCUUCCACUCCUGGAUCUCUGAUUUUGGUGGAUAGAGGUAAUCUGUCUCCAUUGCCUUUAUCCAUGCUACCGCAAAGCUGUGGAUACACCAUAAUGUCAACGCGAAGAGAAAUGGUCUUGGUUGCUCCUUAUGACGGCUGUUUUGUCACUCUUCAGGAGAAUGCUUAUGUCCUACCCUUACUUUGGUGGGGGUUCCCAGUGAGGAUGAUAUGCCCAUUGAUACCAUCUUCACCCAACCCACCAAUGGUCACCUGCCAUACAGAUGGUAUGAUUGUAAAAACUGAAUGGACUAUUCCACUCUCAAGAAUCAAAAUAAAGGUGAAUGGCAAGUGGGAAUUUCUAACUGCUGCCUCGUCCAAAUGUCGGAUCAACUUGGCCAAACAAGGUGAAGGUGUAAUCAUGUCUGUUCACUAUGGUCACUGUGUGAAGAAGAAGGAUGGGCUGUACACUUUGGAAUUGGCUGGUGAAGGAGAAGCCAAGGUUUCUUGUCCAUCAAUGGCCCCAGGUCUGUCUCCACCCACAAAAAGCCCAUCACAGGAACCACUGCAAACCCUGAAUGUGGGCUUGUAUCCCUCUUACCCAUUCAGCCAUUCACAGUCAAGUCCCAACAAACCAGUGAUUCCUCAUAAGCUCAAGCCUAUUCGACAGCCAUUCAAACUUGAAGCCUCUCCUGUUCCUGAACGGCAGCCAGGCUACCCUCUCUUUCCUGUACCACAGCAUGAAAAAGCAGAUAAACCCACACCUGCUCCACACCCCUCUCAAACACCUGACACGCCGCCAUAUCUAUUCCCCUAUCCACUUAAUCCUACCCCUGGGCCUGUGGUAAAACCUCUCCAAAAGCCCACGACUGCUCCCACGCCACAUCAUCCUGAAGGACCUCCAGAUCAUGUAGAGAAACCAUAUCCCUUCUUGCCUGAAAAUAAACCAAGCAAAGAAACAAUGUCUGUUCAAUCACCAAAACCCACCAAGACACAACCUGAAGUCCCUUCUGGUCAUUUGGAGGAGUCUUAUCCCUUCUUGCCAAAACCACAUCCUGAAUAUAAGCCAAGCAAAGCUAUUAAGACAGUUCCUUCUCCACACCCCCCAAAGUUUCAACAACCUAAAGUCCCUGGUCCUGUGAAGUCAUAUCCCUUUUUGCCAAAUCCACAGUCUGAAAAUAAACCAAGAAAAGAGACAAAAGGCGCUCCUUCUCCACAACCUCCCAAGCCACGUCCACCUGAAGUCCCUUCAGAUUUGCAUAAACCUUAUCCAUUUUUACCAAAUCCACAGACAGAAACUAAAAGUAAAGAUAGAAAGACUGUUCCUUCACCACAAGAGGCUGAGGUUCAACCAGCUCAAGGUGCACAGCCAGCUUCCCCUAACAAACCUCCGGAAACCCCUGAAGCCAACCCUACCCCUUCUCAACAGUUCCCAGAAGCUCCAACAGUUCCUGCUGGGCACCCACUCUAUCCUUACUUCUAUCAAUUUUUCCCAGGCACUGAUGAUAAACCACAGCCAUCCCAACCACACGAACCUGAGAAACCAAAAGGCAAAGUACAACGUCCAGUCCAUCUUUUUCCUUCAAAACCCUUGCUAGAAAAUGGACAUAAACCAAAUGACAAACGCAUACCUGUUCCACAGUGGCCUGAAGACCCUCUGGAUCAGAUACUGCUGCCAACGUAUCCACUUUAUCCUAUGCCCAGUCCUAAAGAAUCAUUUAAAAAGCCCAAGGUCCCUCCAGGUCACGUCCAUAAGCCAAUCUAUCCAUACCCUUAUCCCUAUCCACUUUACCCUUGGCCUGUUUCGAAAGAACCAGCAAAAAAGCCCAUCCGUGAGCCAAAAAUCCCUAUGGUCCCUGCUGGUCCUGUGCAGCAGCCACCCAAUCCAUAUCCCUAUCCACUUUACCCUAUACCCAGACCCAAAAAACCCACCAAACAAAUACCUCAUUCACAAAAUCCUGAGGCUACCCCAGGUCGAAUAAAGCAGCCACCCGAGCUAUACCCUUACCCGGUUAAUUCUACACACAGACCAAAAGAACCCACCAGAAAACCAAUGCCAAAGCCCAGGGUCACUCCAGGACCAGUGCAACAGCCACCCAAUCCAUACACAUACCCAAAGUCAAGUUCUGAAGAGCCCACCAAAAAGCCAUUGCAUAAUCUACACAAUCCUGAGGUCUUGUCAAGUCCAAUGGAGCAGCCAACCGAGCCAUACCCUUAUCCACUUUACCCUAUACCCAGUCCUAGAGAACCAGCUAUAAAGCCAAUCCUAGAGCUUUGGCCAGUCAAACCACAAAUGCCAGAAGUCCCUCAUGGAUCAGUGAAGCAACCAACCGAUCCAUACCUAUAUCCACUUUACCCUAAGCCAGGACUUAAACAACCUUCUGAAAAGACAAUGCCAAAUCAAUGGUCAUUGAAACCACAACUGCCAAAGAUCCCUCCUGGACAAGUGAAGCAGCCAACAGAUCCAUACCACUUCCUACCUUACCCUAAGCCCAGUCCUGAAAAAACAACCAAGCCAAGGCUGGUUCAAUGGCCAUUUAAACCACAAGAGUCUGAGGCCCCACUGAGUCCUGUCGAGUGGUCAGUUUCCACCUUCUGGCAUCAAAACAAACCAGUUGCCAAACCUGCACAGGACCCCCAAACAUCUGUAUUCCCUCAAAGUUGGGUCCCGCAACUGAAAAAUCCCUACCUGGUUUACCCUAUUCCCAGCUCAGGAGACUAUCCCAAAAAGACAGUAACUUUUCUACACCCACCAGACUCAAGACAACCUGAAGUCCCUGGCCAUGUACAUCAACAAGCUAAUCUCUACUAUCCAUUUAAUGUUGGCGCAGUUAAUAAACCACCUGGUCCACUGAAACCUGAGGUCCCUGGGAAUCUCUUUUGGCCUCUGGAACCUCAAAGCCCAGUAAAACAUAUUUCAACACAUCUUAUUAAACAGACUACAGAAGGGGAAAAACUUUCACCCAUCCAGCUUCCAGAGAGUAAGAUACCUCGUCCACAAUGGCAGCAGUAUGUAACAUUGCCCCCAGGCAAGAAACCACAUUGGGCUAUUCCACUCUUGCAGCCCAGUAAUGGUGCUGUGGUUCCCCCGGGUUCAGCUAGUGGAUGCUUACAAUUUUGCACUGGUGGUUUUUCAAAUUGCUGUCCACAAAUUGCUUUCCAUCAGCAUCUGUAUCUUUCCCGUCCUGGAGCAUCUGAUAAAGUGACUCAUACAAUCUCACAAGAGUUUCCAUAUGUUGCUUCAGUGGCCUAUUAUGUACCUGGAAAUGGCAUGGGUUAUGGAAAAAACCCUGAAAACCAUCCUGAGAAAAAUGUAGACUCUGUUGCAAAUGAAAAGCAACCAUAUCACCAAUCACCAGGUAGCAACUCUGCUUCAUUACUUGGAGGUAUUCCCAACAUGGUACCAUCUGAACAACAAAGUUACCCUUAUUUGGCUACUAAAACUAAUUCACAGUAUUCCGGUUGGCUGUAUAAGAAUAGUUCAAAUUUAGCACCACCCAAAUUAUCACCACAAGUUAUGCCCUUUGGGGUUCAGAAUGAAUUUUACGCACCUGUAAAUCAAGAGGCACGAAAUGAGCACCCAAAGAAGCAAAACUACCAACUUUCGCCCAGGGUCACAAAUUAUCCAUCUGGUGUGAAUCCCAAUAUCGGCAAAUAUCUACAACAGCACAACUCCAAUCGUAUGCAAAUAUUCUCUUAUGAUUCUGACAGACCUACCCAUUCUGAAGUCCAGGACGACCUUCACCCUUUGCUUCCGUACUCCAUGGUUAAUGAUGCCGAAGUAAUAAAAAACUCAUCAUUCCUGCAGAAUCUGCCACAGUCACAUUGGAAUAAGCCCAAAAAAUUCUUCAAACGUCAUCAGACAGAGCGUUCUUCUGAACCAAAAGGAUAUGUACUGCUUCAGCAUGGCCCACCAGGGAAAGCACCAGGGUGGUCUCUGGGGUCUAGAAAUUUCAAGGUUGGCAUUCAUGACCAAAAUGUCCCGGUCCAACAUUCUGCAAGACUCCAGCGUGUUAACACCUGGAAUUGGAAGCCUCUUCUUGGUAAAGGAUUGACAAAGUCUUCAAGAAAUCACUUUGAAGUCAAAUCUGGACCAAAAUAGAGUUAAACGGCCAACAAACGCGGGAUGUCACUUUGUAUUUCCACCGUUAAUCUUGAAACCGAUUUUUCUCUCCUGUUAAACUGAUCUUGUUUUUUUUUUUUUUUUUUGUCCCCUAACAGAAUUGGACUGUCACUAGCUAUGACUUGCAUUAAUGGCAAAUAAAUAAUUUUUACCCCUGUAUUUCGUCAUCUGUGGAUUUUGACAGUAAGGAUCUGUUUUCAAAUACUCAAGGAAUGUACAGAUACCUGACCACUUAAGUACAGUAACUAUUUUUCUUAAUAUAAUUAGUCGUAUCUUAGCUACUCAAGGUGAUUUUAUUUUUGUUCAAAUAGGUAGUUGGUCAGUUUUGCCUGGAUGACCUAUUUUGAAGUACGUUAGUCAUGCCUCCCUAAAUAUUUCAUCAGUACUGAGCGUGUGUGUGUUUAUGCAUGCAUAGGAUUUUUAUGAGUAAAAUUACACAUGAGAUUAGAUUCAAGCAAUGUGAUUUUAUUACAAUAAAAUUGCUUCAUCUGA